UGAACCGCCCAGAAUCUCUACACGAAACCGAGACGAAAAACAACAGAGAAGUCAAGUCUUGGAAAUGGAAAACGCAAGCUUUGUGAAUAAGGAGUUUAUAAGAUUAUGGGUACGGGAUCCUCAGCUGCGAAAGGAGGAUUUCUGGCACGCUUACAUUGACUAUGAGAUCUGUCUUCACACAAAUAGCAUGUGUUUCAGAAAGAAGACUUCUUGUGUUAGGAGGAGGUAUAGUGAGUUUGUUUGGUUGCAGCAGAAACUACAGAACAACGCUCUGCUUAUAGAGCUGCCUAAACUCCCUACUUGGAAUCCUUUCUUCAAUCUCAAUAAUGAUUUCCAGGUUGCUCAGCGGAUGCAGGUGCUACAAAAGUUUCUUGAGGCAGUUCUACAGACACCAUUACUGUUGUCAGACAGUCGGCUGCACCUGUUCUUGCAGUCACAGCUGAGCAUUGCAAAAAUGGAUGCAUGUUCACAGGGACAGACACACUACACCGUUGCGCAGGCAAUACAGCGAUGUGUUUGUGACACACGUUUCCCUGUGGAGGAGCAUCUUCAUGAAGAAGACAGCAAAACUCGCUGGGACUCCGACUGUGACAGUACAACAUCCUCUGGUUUGGGCCAUAGUGUCGAACCUGUCUCAUCUGCUGAAGAGGAUUCCUUCCACAACGAGAGGCAUGCCCAUGAACUCCAUGUCACAACCCCUGAGACAGAACUCUUUAGCAGCCUGUCUUCAUCUCCUAGCAACCAGCAGCAUGUGCACUCCAUUAGAUAAACUGGAAAGAUAUAUCCAAGCAAAUGCGCACAUAUGUACAUACACGUAUUCUCUCAGGCAAAG